AGCUUUGUACAGGCGAGGUAAAAAAAGGCCUCUACAGAUUCUAAUGGGAUCUGUAAAUAUACAAGAAGUAUUUGCAAACUUGGGCUCUGAAGCAUAUAAUAUUGAGGCAUUAUCUUCCACCGUGGAAUCGUUCAUCUGCCAUUUGUACGGGUUUAAAAAACUAGCUGACGUUAAUAUUGCUAGGAUUGAAAUAUUUAAUAAAACGUACAAAGUAAAUGAUACGUCUCAACCCUUUUCACUGAAUGUGCGUAAUUACGAUGCUUGUAAUUUGCCACCAUGUCGAUCGGAGCUGCAACAACAUUUAUUGCGAACGAAAUAUAUUGCUUGUUUGUGGAGGAACGCUCACAAUCGUAUUCCUACGGAAAUGUCACCACUAGAAUACGGAUGGAGAAAUGUGGAUGGAAAAUUGGAGCCAACUUGGUUCCUAGGAAACCAACUUCCUGAAGCGUACGAAGACAUCGUCAUAACACCUGACAUUUUAGGAGAUACUUUAGAUUCAGUUACAGAAUCACGAGAUGACGAGGACGUCCAGGAAGUUGAAGUGGAAACAAACUUCAAAGAUGAGUCUAGUGGAGAUGAAGACUAAAAUAUGUAUUUUAAAUUUUAAUGAUCUGUAAUUUAUUAUAAAUUGUAAUGAUCUAUAUUUAAUUUUUUAUUAAUAAAUUAUCCAAUUUCUGUACGUAAAUGCGGAGAUAUUAUUUCUAAAUUUCCUUCAAAAUGGUCAGACUAGCGAUAUCCCUCUAUAUAAUUGUCAGAUUAUUAUUCAGGAGAACUAUGACAUC